AUGAUCUUCUGUGUUCUGUUGGGCCCACCAGUCUCUCAAAAUGUAAAUGAGGUAAAAUGUAAAAGCAAAGGACAGUGGGGACAUUUGGCCAUUGCCAGCACUGCCCCUAUAUCUUGUGAAAAGCUGCUCUACAGCUUGGAUUGUGAUUUGGACUUGAAGACUGGGUUUGCUUUCUCUUCAACAGUCCUCUUGUCACUGAGGCUAAUGUACCAGACUUUCACUGUUCAGACAUGCCCAGCACUCAGUGUUCAGACAGAACUGGUUCCUGUGCACGGUGUGUUAUUUGUGCAGAAAUCGGAGCGCAAGCGCUGCACUGAAGUGAUGACUGGAGGGGCCAAGGCUUUUCGUGGAAAAAAGGUCCAUGGAGAAUAUGACAUAAAGGUUGAACAGGCAGAAUUUUCAGAAAUCAACUUGAUAGCCCAUGCUGAUGGCAAUUAUGCAGUAGAUAUCCAAGUAUUUCGAAAUGGCACUAAAGUUGUCAGGUCAUUCAGGCCUGAUUUCGUCCUCAUUCGACAACAUUCAUUUAGUAUGGCAGAAAAUGAAGAUUUCCGUAACUUGAUCAUUGGAAUGCAGUACGCAGGCAUCCCCAGUGUCAACUCCCUGGAAUCAAUCUAUAACUUCUGCGACAAACCGUGGGUG